CCUGAGGCUGUACGCCGCUGUAGCCUGUAGCACCAGUUGCUGAGUUGGCUGUCAAGUUUCUGCGGAGUUUCUGCCCCCACUCAUUCGUUGUCAAGCCUAGGGCCAAGCCCAGCAUACUGAAAUCGACAAGGAGUAGGAGGAAGGGGCAUGUCCUUGUCGUUGACUUCUCAGCAUCAUAGCAAGUUUCACUCUCUCGCUGCCGCAUUUUGGCGGGAAGCCACUCAUUUGCGGUGUAGGCCACGUCCAAUGUAAGGACUAAAGUUGUUUGUGUGGGUAAAUAGCCGCACGCACAAUGGCAGAGCCCUCAAGGAAGCGUCCGUCUCGCUUCGAUGCUGAUGGUGAGAGGAGUACCACCCGGGCCCGACCAAACGGUAUCGAGCUAAGCAACGGGGCUCAUGGAGAGGAUGACGUGGACAUGGCACUGCUGGAAGCGGCUGAGAAAGAAGCGGGGCAAGGGGUUGAAACUCUGGAUGCUCGGACUUUGAAACGGAUGGUGCUGAGUUUUGAGAAGCGGGUCACUGAGAAUCUGGAAGCUCGAAUGAAGUAUGCAGAUGCUCCGGAAAAGUUUGUGGGUUCCGAGGUCGACUUGGACGAGGAAGUGAAGAAGCUGCAUGCCCUCUCCGCUGCCCCAGAGCUGUACCCGGAGCUGGUGCGCCUGAACGUGGUGCCAUCGCUCGUAGGCCUGCUGAGCCACGAGAACGUGGACAUCUCCACCGACGUCAUCGACGUCAUCAAGGACCUGACCGACAGCGACGCGCUGGAGGAGAGCAGCGAGGAGGCGCAGGUGCUCGUGGACGCCCUGCUGGACAACAACGUGCUUGAGCUGCUCACACAGAACCUAUCCCGGCUGGACGAGAGCAGCCCCGACGAGGCGUCCGCAGUGUACAGCACCCUGGGGAUCGUAGAGAAUCUGGUGGAGGUGAGCCCCCCUGUUGCGGAGAUGGUGUGCGAGCGCACCAAGCUGCUGGCCUGGCUGCUCAACCGCCUCAAGGGGCGAGAGGCGGACGGCAACAAGCUGUACAGCAGUGAGAUCCUGGCCAUCCUGAUGCAGGAGAGCAGUGUGAACCAGAAGAAGCUGGGCCAGAUGAACGGCAUCGACGUGCUGCUCAAGGCGGUGGCUGCAUUCAAGUCGCGGGAUCCGCGGACGACAGACGAAGAGGAGAUGCUGGAGAACCUGUACGACGUGCUGUGCAGCGUGCUGCUUCCCGACGAGAACAAGGAGCGCUUUGUGGCGUCGGAGGGCGUGGAGCUGAUGAUCAUCGUGAUCCGGCAGAAGCGGCAGGCGUACGCGUCCGCGUUCAAGACGCUCGACUUUGCGCUCACGCGCUGCCCCACCGCCUGCGACCGCUUCGUCAACGUGCAGGGCCUCAAGACGCUCUUCGCAGCAUUCAUGGCCAAGGGCCUUCCUAAGAGCAAGAAGAAGGACCAGUCCCCCGACGAGAUUGACGAGCGGGCGGUGUCCCUCAUUGCGUCUCUUCUUGGGAAUGUGACGCGGGGCAGCCUGCGGGACCGCAUCCUGAGCAAGUUUGUGGAGAGGGAGUACGAGAAGGUGGACCGCCUCAUGGAGUUGUUCAUCAAGUACCAGGGCCGGGUAGAAGAAGAGGAGGGGCGGCAACAGAACUUGCCCGCCGACCUUCAAGAAGAUCUGUCGGACGAGGAGAGGUACCUGGCCAAGUUGGGGGCAGGCUUGUACACGCUCCAGUUACUGGCACUAAUAGCCGGCAGCAUCUGGGCCACAGACCAUCGGGGGAUGCGGGAGCGGCUGCUGCUGUUGUUGCACCAGCAGGGGCUGACGCUGGAGGUAAUUCGACGAGUGCUGCAAGAGUAUCACGACAACAUCGGAGACGUGGAGGGACAGCACGAAAGGGACAAGCGACGGAGCAGGGUGCAGAGAUUCAUGAAAGCAAUGACGCCAAAGGAGUUAGAACAAGACCCGUUUGGGAUCAGCGAAUUGACUUGAUGAGGAGGAGUGAUGCAAUUGUCCGAGUUCGCCUCAAUGCUCGGCCACUCGUAAAUCUUGCCACCAGCUCAAUGUAUGUUGUUGUACGAUCGAUCCGGAUGAUGGUAAGUGUAAGUUGCCAGGUCCGCAAGCAAAACGGUACUGCCUGUAGGAGCGAUGCUAUGAUGACGCAUUGGAUAUCUGCUUUCAAGUUUGCUGAGUACAGAUUGAUCAUCGGCC